AUGCCCCAUCAAAUUGACCAGUUGCCCGUCGACAUUCAGUCCCGCAUCUUCCACAAACUUGAGCAGGCGUCGAAGUCCGCGCAGAGCGCUACGAUCUAUUCUGUCACAGAGGUAACAGCACCCGACGUGAACCGGCCAAUACGCGUGACCAACAGCGUGAACAAGAAGGCGUUGCGUCAAUCUCUUCAACAGAAUGGGACGCAUCUCAUGGAGGACCUGAAUUUCUGCGUCCGCCUCGGAAAUCUAGACAACGAUGACAGCAGCAUCGGGCCAGGCAAGUCCGGUGUCUCGACAGCCGCCCGGGAAAUUAUCAGUGGCAUCCACACACUCGACCAGAAGAAUAUCAAUCUGGAGUACGACUUUGGAUUGGGAACCAAGUUAGAGCCGGACGUGAAGGUGUUUGGGCAGUCGCGAGACGAAGAAGCUCUGCUACAGCUCGAGAAUGAACAAACAUGGAGACGCCUGCUGGUUGAUACCUGGAACACGUUGACCGCAAACCAUACCGCCACUCACCUUUCGAUGAAAUCAUUCGUACCAGUCUGGUCAUCCGCCUUCUACUCCACUGCAUUCCGCCAAUUCCUGGCCCGUCUCGAUAGGCUCGAUAUCCAUGUCUCGGGCAUGAAGAAUGGACACCGGAGUAUUAACACCGUGCCCGCUUAUAACGACUCUUUGCAAUCACUGCUUAAGGUGUACUUCUUGCGCGCGAGCUCGCUAAAGCACCUCUCGCUCCACGCUUCCCAGUCAGCACCACUGGGCGCGAGAGGGAACUAUCACAUCCCCUUGUCCCUCAAAGCCACGCAGCUGCCCGCGCUGGAACACCUGUCUCUCAAGAACUGCUUCAUCGGCUUUGAGCUCGCGCACUUCAUCAACGGGCACAGGAGCACGCUUGAGACGCUGGAGUUGGACAACUGCUAUGCCUACCGCGGCACUUACGACGGGCCGGACUCUGGGGGCAUGCAGUGGGCACCGUUCUUCGCCCUUAUCAACAAGCCUGGGAUGAAGCUGCGCCGCCUGGUCAUCAAUGACGCCCACAUCCCUCUCACGAUCGACGACAAGCGGCUGGAGAAAUACAAUCCCGACACGGCGAACGAGCCCGAGGACGUGAAGAAUGUACGUCGUGCGCAGAGACGGGAACCGAGGAAGAGGCUGUUCCUCUACGCGUAUUUGAGAGACUACUCGGGCGAGCUAUGGAUGAACAAGGACUCAAUCGUUGCCGCAUUUGAGACUGGUGAUGACCAGUCGGCGUACGAUGAACUGAUGGCGAGGGUGCAGGGUAAUGCGGUGGGCGAGACAUCAAUCGUGGGCGCGGAGGACCACAGCAUCGUGAAAAAACAAACCCCUGUUGACGAAGGCGUGGAAAUAUUUGAACUCUCUGCAUAA